GAGACACAAGAGCAAACAGCGAUGGCGGCGGAGAUCCACUCGAGGCCCCAGAGCUCCAGACCCGUCCUGCUCAACAAGAUCGAGGGCCACAGCGACGCGGUGAACACGGCACUGCUCAUCCCGAAAGAGGAUGGAGUGAUCACGGUCAGCGACGACAGGACGAUUCGAGUUUGGCUAAAAAGAGACAGUGGACAGUACUGGCCCAGCAUCUACCACACCGUGUCCUCUCCAUGCUCCUGUAUGUCAUAUCACCAUGACAGCCGGCGGAUCUUCAUUGGGCAGGAAAAUGGGGCCAUUGUGGAGUUCCUCAUGUCAGAAGAUUUCAACAAAAUGAACCAUGUAAAAACAUACCCAGUUCAUCAAAACCGUGUGUCGGAUCUGGUCUUCUCUCUGGAGAGUCAGUGGUUGAUCAGUACAGCUCAUGAUAAAAGCAUCAGUUGGAUGAGCACUCAGAGUGGAUCAAUGCUGGGACGUCACAGCUUCAGCUCAUGGGCCUCCUGUUUACAAUAUGAUAAUGAUACCCAGCAUGCCUUUGUGGGAGAUUAUUCAGGGCAGAUCACUCUGCUGAAACUGGACGGACAGACGUGCUCUGUUAUUUCCACACUAAAGGGACAUGAAGGUAGUGUCGGUGCAUUGUAUUGGGAUCCAGGUCAGAGGUGGUUGUUUUCUGGAGCGUCUGAUCACAGUGUGAUCAUGUGGGACAUCGGUGGCAGACAGGGACGGACAUUACUGCUGCAGGGACACCAUGAGAAGGUCCAGGCAUUGAGAUAUCUGCCACUGACACACCAGUUGGUUUCCUGCUCCGCUGAUGGAGGAAUAACAGUGUGGAACAUGGACACGACACGAGAGGAGGCUCCGCAAUGGUUGGAUAGCGACUCAUGUCAGAAAUGCGAACAGCCAUUUUUCUGGAAUAUAAAGCAGAUGUGGGACUCUAAGACACUGGGGCUUCGACAGCAUCACUGCAGGAAGUGUGGUAAGGCCAUUUGUGGGAAGUGUAGUUCCAAACGCUCCACGUACCCCAUCAUGGGCUUCGAGUUCCAAGUGCGCUUGUGUGACGACUGCUACGACACAAUCAAAGAAGAAGAUCGGACUCCUCUGGCAACGUUUCAUGAGGGGAAACACAACAUUGCUCACAUGGACAUGGACCCAAGCCGAGGACUGAUGGUCACAUGUGGGAGUGAUCGAGUUGUAAAGAUCUGGGAUAUGACGCAGGUGAUUGGCAGCAGCGUUGCGGCAGGAUUCUCUCCCCGUUGACUGGCUGUUUUGGAAUGCUCCGCCCACACUCCGCCAACAAAUAUAUGUUGAGGAUCUGUCAUCACCUGUCAUACUGUCUUGUACUUGGAGUCUACACAAAACGGACAGUCCAACUCUGAGUGUGUUCGUGAAUGUGUGAUAGUCCUUGUUUUUUAUGACAAUUGUAGCUGGAUCAGAGCAUUCAUUUCUCUUAUGAGGUAUGAUGACCUGGAUUUUAGCAAACAUGAACUCGAGGUACUUCUAAAGCACAAUAUUUGCGCUCUUUGUGCGUGUGUGUGUGUGUGUGUGUUGUCACAUUAUGUAUUCCUUCUAUCCAUAAUUACCAAUCGCACUACUAAAUAUUAUUUUCCAAAAUAUAUUUGUUUUUGUUUUGUUUUCCAGUGAAAAUAUGUAAACAUCAUUUAAACAAGAUACAUUUACUUGAGAAUAAGAAUUGUGUAAGAUGAUAAAAGCAUUGUUGUAAGAGAAUAAAUCUUGAAUGUUUUUUCUUUAAAGCAUAAAUCUAACAUGUAUGAAGGUUGAUGCUUAAAAACAAGAACCUACUGCGAUUUACAAUUUAGUAUAUUACAUAAGGUUGCGUCUCAAAUAAAUGAAUCUUGUUUUUAGAAAUGUUUGAUUUUUACUGGAAAACAAGACAAAAAUACUGAUUAAGAAACUGAUUUCACCAAUGGUAAUUAGCGUUUAUUAACUAACUAACAAACACUAUAGCACUAAUUAACGUAUAUCUGUGAUUUUGGCAAAUUAAAGAGACCGUUCAUCCAAAAAUGACAAUUCUGCCAUUAUUUAUGUCGUUCCAAACCAAUGUGAAUAUAUUUUUUCCAUUGAACAAAAGAAGUGACCAAAAAGUCACCAUAAAAUGAUCAUUAAUGUACUUUUUAUAAUCCAAGUCUUCUGAAGUGCUUUGAAUACUCUUCUAUAUAUUUAAACUGGCUAAAGACGUAACAAACAAUAGUGUUUGGAGUCAUUAAUGUAUUCCCGCACCACAUUUGAACUGGCACAAAUGCGAUUUAAGAAGUGUGGAAGAGGGGAAGAUUUUCAGUGAAUAAGUACUUACAUUUCAGUCGUUCCACACACAAAGCUAUUGCAUGGCUUCAGAAGACUUGGAAUGUAGCACAUGAAUCGUACGGACUUCGUUUAUGAUACAUUAAUUGUGCUUUAAUAAAAACAAACUUUCACUGAAUGGAAAAAGAGCAGUGCAUCUUCAAACACCUUUUGUGAUCCACGGAAGAAAGAAUGUCACACGGGUUCGUAACAACAUGAGGAUGAGUAAAUGAUUACCGAAUUAUAAUUUUUGGGUGAAAUAUCCCUUUAAAGUCUAUUAUGUUUCUUUCUAAAUGGCUUCAAAUUUAAGCUGUUGCACUGUAAGACUACAGGCAGCUUCUAGAACGUUUUACAUUUGCGUACCACUCACGAUUAUCAUAACACAACAUAACACAUAACAUAAAGAAUUCUAACCUGUUUACAAACAUUAUGACUGACCAGCGCUGUUUCUAACUUGCAUGAAAUUCUCCUUCGUUCCUUGUCUAUUCCUUGCACUGUAUUGCACAUUUUGUGUGCAUUAAUGAUCCAAGGGUACGUACGGCACCGGUGCGAGUGUGUUUGUAUGUUUCACUCUCUUUUUGUUUAGUAAAUGGCUGAUCUGUGCCUGUAUAAAGUGCUCGCCGCACACCGUUUUCUAGCUUUCGUUUUAUUACACAUCUCACAUUCUGCGCUUUGUAAAUAACGCCAUUCCCAUUAAUACAAAUGUUUAGCUUCCAUCUUGUAAUAUAAAAUGUAGAAAAGGAGAGAAGAAUGUGAUAAGAAUGCACUGGUGUCACACUACAGUAAGCAGAUGAUGUCAUACAUUAUGACAUCACAGUGGUGUGUGAUGUCAUUUUAGUGAAGUCACAGUGAUUCAAUCAUUUGAAAAAGUUUGGGGAGAUACUUGAGAAUUUACGGAGCUGACAGAAGGCAUUUUUUUCUUUAACGAGCUGAGAGUUGUACAUUUAAAGGUAAAUUGAACGAAACCUGUCAAGAAUAUGUUCAGGUCAUAUGUCACCCCAAAAUCAAGAGGAAAAUGUGUUAAAUUGUCAUCAAAAUAAUGAAAUAAAUAAAUACAUUUAUGCGAAAUAGAAAUGCUUCUAAUAAUUGCUGCACAUGUUCAUGACAAAUUUAAAAGAUUUACUUGGAAAGACUUGGAAUUUCAUUGAACGUUCGUUUUUGUUUAGAAUUGUUGUUCUUUUUGUGUCUUUAUUUUACUGAAAUUGACUCUUCAGGGAGCUGUUUUGUCUAGAUCACAAUCCGGUUUAACCACCAACAUAUGUAACACACAGAAUUAACUCAAACACAGCUGACAUUUAUGUGAAUGUUCAUAAAACAUUUAAAUUCUUGCUCUUUUGUUUACCUUCAGUCAUUGAAAACAGUGUAAAACUUCACACUUCUAAUUAUUAAACCCUUAAAGUUUAAAUAACUCUAAAUGUCUUUUUUUCCCCCUGAAACUUCAGUAGCUUAGGAUGAAGUAUUAUUCUGUCUAUGUAUAUUUUCAAAGUUGAGCUUCUAUGCUGGAUCGCUCAAACAUCUGUAUUUUUCUUACAAAAAUCUCUUGUCGAUUAAUAUGAAAACUGAUGCAAAUCUUAUGUCAGCUGGUAGUUUCAGCCCAGUGAUUACAUUAAAUACAACAAUAAAGAUCUAAGCUGUAUCAAACGUA